AUGAGUUGCAAUUCUGGGCAAUCGGGUGUUGAAAACAAAAUCCGUGGAUGCCAUGGGGUUCCGUCGAAGUGUCAUUGUGGUUUAGAGGUUGUUCUCUACACAUCGAACACGCAAGCAAAUCCAGGAAGACCUUUCUUUCGCUGUCCAAACAGAGGAGAUGACCAUUUAUUCAAAUGGGUUGAGGAAGGUGUUUACGAAGAGGUUGUAGACUUGAAGGCUCGGAUUGAAGAACUGAAGGAAGAUGGAAUAUUGAUCAAAAGAGACAAUAAGAGAUGGAAGUUGAUUUGUUUGUUCUGCUUGAAAUUAGUUCUUGGUUACUAG